AUGUUAAUAUGUUUAUUUGAGAGACGUAUUACUUUUCUGCACUUAGUUAUUAACUGGGUAGGGUCUUUCUUCGGUAACUGGUUAGGCGCAUUGUUUAGUGCGUAUUUCUUAUCUUAUCUUCCGGGAGGCUAUGAUCAAGACCCUUUAUAUAGUUAUAUGUGUUAUGUACAUCAUUCAAAGACAAGCUAUGGCUUCGGAGAGUGUUUCUUAAGAGGUAUAGGAUGUAAUGCUUUAGUUUGUUUAGCUGUAUGGAAUGUAACAGGAUGCGACGAUCCGGCGAGUAAAAUAUUAUCUCUUUGGUUCCCUAUUGUUUCUUUUUGUGUUGCUGGAUAUGAGCAUAUUAUUGCUAAUCUAUAUACACUUCAAUUAACUCUUAUGAUGGGUUGCCCUGGUUCUUUAGCCGAUGUUAUCGUAAAGAAUCUAAUACCUACUUUCUUAGGAAAUGUUGUCGGAGGCUGUGUUCUAAUAGGAGCUGUAUACUGGUACAAUUUCUAUCCUAUUGAAGAAUAUAGUCAUAAACAAAUAACACCGGGAUCAGCAGCAGCAGCAGCAGCAGCAGAUGCAGACAACGACUUUCCUAUCUCGCGUGUACACUCAAGAGCGUCUGUAAGCCCUAGUAUUAUCGGCUUAGGAGCGAAGCCAAAUACAGCAUUUGGAGGUGCUGCCCCCCCUCAGACGCAAUGGAAUAGCUACGAUCAUGUUAAGACGCAUUCUGAAAGUAUAAGCAAUGUAGGUAGUGCUCCGGCUGUAAAAGAUAUCAGCAUCUAUCCGGAUAUACGCUUCAAGCCGCAGCAACUGCUGAGAGGCAGCAACAGCAACAGCAACAGCAACAGCAACAUCAACAGACACCAAACAUUCACAGCAGCAGCAGCAGCAGCAGAAGAGGAGGUGGAGGUGGAGGUGGUGCUGCAGGUUGGGGAGUUGGGUCGAUGA